UCGACGUUGUCAAUACAAUACAUCAGUGAGUAAUACUAUAACCACUGUCCAGAGGUCUUUAUUUCGAUUACACACACACACACACACACACAAACCCAUCCCACGAAUCACGCUCGUUACAGCACUGCUGCGUCGUGGACUGAACUGAACGUUACGUGUGGCAAUUGAUCACAGUCGAUCGCUUUGUGUGCUGUUGUCGAGUUGUUCCUAUAGUGACUAUUGUCUCUUCCUCGUUCAGCAACUCCGACGGUUUUUGUUAUUAUAUCCGUGUCUGUCCGCACACGAUACCACACCUCUCACAUUUGUCACAUCGUCAUCAUACAUCCGACAAAAUGGUCUUGUUGAAAACCACACUGGUCGUCUUCCUGGCCGUCGCGUGCGUCUCUGCCAUCAACCCGACGGUCGCCAAGCAGUCGCAAGAUCAUGCCGAGCAUGAAACUGAUUUGCCCGUCAAAUCAAUUAAACCAUUAUCAUCUGGAAAUAAUACCGUUUUAAUUCCACCCACAACUCCCACUUCUGUUAUUCAAACUUCAACUAACUCCUCAACUAUAGAAGUGGAACCUACAAAAAAUUCAACAACUACAACACCAGCACCAACUACUACACCCACAACAACUACUACACCAUUACCAACUACAUCCUCCACAACAACUACUACACCAUUACCAACUACAUCCUCCACAACAACUACACCAUCACCAACUACAUCCUCCACAACAACUACACCAUCAUCAUCAACUACUGUGAGUCCAAAUGUAACGACUGCUGUACCACCUACUCCAGAACCAUCUCCGGCUAGGAGUUGGGAUGGUCCAAGUUUCUUAGGUGGCAUGGUCCUAGCUUUUGGUAUUGUUGCAGUCGGAUUUGUUGGAUACCGAUUCUUCUACUUGGGACGUGGUGGUGCCUACCAUACUUUGUGAACAUUGAUAAUUUGAUCAAAUUAUAAAAAUAUAUAA